AACUGACACCUCAUCAUUGCUUCGGAAAAGGCAGAUACAAGAGGACGCAGAAGAAACUCUCACAGGAAAACAAAGCUUAAAUUAUGCUGCUUCAUUCCUCUCCUUCUCUCUCCUCAAUUCUUCAUUGAAAACGAAAACCCCUCGCUCCGACUUCAUAUUCCACCUUCGUCAUCAUCAUCAUUCAGAUUCCCACUCUCGAUUAUUUAUUCUUUUACUUUGGGAUUCUGCGCUCUUGUUGACGGAUGCAGACGCAAUUUCUGGAAUCGUUGAUGCCUGUUAUAUGUUUGAGACCUGAGAUUUGCUAGUCAGUUAUAAAUUUAAGAAAUUAAAGACCUUUUUCUUCUGCGAAGUGUGGGCACUGCCUACUUCACGCAGUGCCCAUGGACGCCACUACUAGUGGAACCCCAACUUUGCAAUACCAUAGCAUUCCUGAUCAACCAGUUACUGCCAUUGUUGCCACAUCUCUACCAACAUUUCAAAGACAACAACGCCAUUGCUAUGGAAACUCCAGUCCUGGGGAGUUUCCCUUGUCUGCUAGUCACCCUCAUAUUGUUCUUCAUGUCCUGACAGCAUGUAACUUGGAUCCUGAAGAUUUUGCUAGGCUGGAGGCAACGUGCUCCUUUUUUAGGCAGCCAGCAAACUUUUAUCCUGAUUUCAAUUUGUCACUAUCCGAACUUGCUGCGUUGGAUAUGUGCAAGAAGAGAGCCAUUUUUAAGCCAAUGACCAGUGAACAACAGCAAGAGUUGAAGCAAUUAUGUGGAGGCUCUUGGAAACUUGUUCUGAGGUAUUUACGGGCUGGAGAAGCAUGUUGCAGGAGGGAGAAAUCGCAGGCGAUUGCAGGUCCUGGUCAUAGUAUUGCGGUGACAUCAAAAGGUUUUGUUUACUCAUUCGGCUCCAACAGUUCUGGACAACUUGGGCAUGGCACCACUGGAUGGGAAUGGCGCCCUCAGCCUAUCAGAGCUUUGCAAGGCAUUCGGAUUAUACAAGCAGCUGCUGGGGUUGGGAGGACAAUGUUGAUUAGCGAUUCCGGGCAGGUAUAUGCCUUUGGGAAAGACUCCUUUGGGGAUGCUGAGUAUGGAGCACCAGGAGCUAAUUCCAUUGCAACUCCACAGUUGGUAGAGUCUCUGAAAGGCAUAUUUGUGGUUCAAGCUGCAAUUGGAAACUUUUUUACAGCUGUAUUGUCAAGAGAAGGCAGGGUUUAUACAUUUUGUUGGGGUAGCGAUACCAAACUUGGCCACCACACUGAUCCAAAUGAUCAGGAACCUCAUCCUUUAUUAGGAGCUCUUGAACACAUACCAGUGGUGCAAAUUGCUGCUGGAUACUGCUAUCUUCUUUGCCUAGCUUGUCAACCAAGUGGAAUGUCAGUAUACUCUGUUGGAUGCGGCCUGGGUGGAAAGCUUGGACAUGGUUCAAGAACUGAUGAGAAACAGCCCCGUUUGAUCGAACAGUUUCGGCUUUUAAACCUUCAGCCCAUGGUAGUUGCUGCUGGUGCUUGGCAUGCUGCUGUAGUGGGGCAGGAUGGCCGAGUAUGCACAUGGGGGUGGGGCCGUUAUGGGUGCUUGGGUCAUGGAAAUGAAGAAUGUGAAUUAGUACCUAAAGUAGUUGAAUCAUUGAGCAAUGUCAAAGCUGUUCACGUUGCUACUGGAGAUUACACAACCUUUGUGGUGACUGAUAAUGGUGAUGUGUAUUCAUUUGGCUGUGGAGAUUCUGCUAGUCUUGGGCAUAACCCUGGAAAUGAUGGACAGGCCAAUGGGCACGCGAAUGUUUUAACUCCGGAGAUUGUAAUGUUGCUGAAACAGGCGAAUGAGAGGGUGGUACAGAUCAGUCUGACAAAUUCUGUGUACUGGAAUGCACACACAUUUGCACUUACUGAAUCUGGGAAGUUGUUUGCAUUUGGGGCUGGAGACAAAGGACAGCUAGGAACACAGCUUGGGGAGGACCAGACUGAAAGGGGGGAGCCAGAAAGGGUUGAUAUUGAUCUAAGCUGACAAAUUCUUUAUAUCCUAUUUAUUAUCAUCAUCACCAUGCAUAGCAUUUAGUGUUUAAAUGUCUCUGUUUAUUCUGUAAAUAGAAUCAAAGAAAGCUUCAUAUCAAGGUCUAAGCAGGGUAAUCAAGUCUCAAGGGUUGCUGUUGCUAUCAUAUAUAUGGUCUUUGGAUAAUUUAUCGUUAGGCUUUUAAUUAGUCCUUCAUAGUUUGAUGCAUUGUGAAUGGUCAUUUACUGCUUAGUUGCUUUGAAUUGUUUUCAUAGAUAUUAUUUUCCUUUUCUUUUGCUUCUUUACAUCCAUGUUCA